AUGCCUGCAGACAAUCUCGAAACAAUUGACGGUGUCCUCGCCUACGUUGCAGAGACGCAGUUCACUAGUGACCAUGUCGCGCCUUUGACGGGAGGCUCUGGCAACUACGCAUAUAGGCUCCACUUGCGCACCCCGUACCGAGAAUACCCAACAGUUGUCCUCAAGCAUGCAAAGCCGUACGUUGCGGCACUCCUGACGCUUGCAUUCUCGCUCGACCGUCAGAGAUACGAGGUUGAGGCGUUGAGGAAGAUGAAGAGUAUUUUACCCACUGACUCGCUCGUGACGGUCCCGGAGGUGUUCCUCUUCGACGACACCGCCAACGUGAUCGUCAUGAGCGACUGUGGAGAAGGGUCGCUCACGCUCAAGCAGUUGCUGCUGGAGGAUCCGCCACCUGCGCAGAUUGCCGCGCAAAUUGGGCGUGCUCUGGGAGAGUUCCUUGGACGCCUGCAUGGGCGAGGCAGCGAAGACGAGGCGUUCAGUUCAUUCUUUUCCAAAAACGAAGAAGGCAAGAAACUUUCCGCUUUCGCUACAUACGGCCGGCUCAUGGCCACGCUGACGGAUGGCACGCUGCCGACGCUGUCCGACCCGCCCCUGGAAAUCCAACAGGAACGGCUGGACGUGGUGGCCAGAGUCGCAGCGGAAACACAGGAUGCAAUGCUCACGACGAGGGAUACGGUCGCGAUGGGCGAUUUCUGGCCCGGGAACGUCCUCGUCGUCCCCCGGCGAGACGAUCAAGGACGCGUCGAAGGCGUGGAACGCCUCUUCGUGAUCGACUGGGAGUUGGCAAAGACGGGAUUGGCUGGGUUGGACGUCGGACAGUUCGCAGCCGAGUUGUACCUCGUCUCGACGUUCGUGCCGGCUGGCGAGGAUGCCGCGAACAGCGUGCUGACGUCGUUUCUGCGGGCAUAUCGGGAGACACGUGGGGGAAGUAUGAUGGGUGAUGUUGCGAGGAGGGCGGUCGUGCAUGUUGGUGCACAUCUGGUGACGUGGACGCCGAGGAUCCCAUGGGGCUCGAAAGAGAAGGUGCGGGAGGUCGUGCAUAGAGGCGUGGAUUACCUGGUACAAGGGAGCAAUGAUGGUGCAGGCAGUUUUGGCAAGACGUCUGUCAUUGCUGAACUCUUCUAUCGGUGACAUUAUGAUAGUAUGCACUAUACAACAGAUGGGGUAUAUGAGUAUGUCCUCUACCGGAAAUUAGAAGUGUGUUUCGGGAUU